UUUUGUCUAUUUUAACGGAGCUGGAUUUUUUAUUUUUAUGAAUGACUCGCGAUCUACCAGCAUUGCCCGCGGUCGAGGUACUGGGCACCUCUGAUCUACAGUCACUAAUGUUCAGCAGUUACAUUUUGCUUUGUUACAAUGCGCAUGCGCAGCUUGUAGGCUGCCUGCCUGGCAGUGCCAUAGCAACCAGGGCAGACAUCAACAUGGCCAAAGCAACGACAGUGAGAGAAGCACUGGCUAAGUGGGAGGAGAAGUCAGGGGAGAAAGCGGGUGAGACUAAAGCCGUCAGACUGUAUGGUCAGGUUCCUCCUAUAGAGAAGAUGGACCCCUCCCUCUCUACGCUCACCAACUGCGAGAAGCUCUCUCUGUCCACAAACUGCAUUGAAAAAAUAACCAAUCUCAACGGCCUGAAACACUUGAAGAUAUUGUCAUUAGGAAGAAAUAAUAUAAAGGCCCUUACUGGGCUGGAGUCCGUAGGGGAGACAUUAGAAGAGCUGUGGAUCUCCUAUAACUUGAUAGAGAAACUGAAGGGUGUCCAGUCCUUGAAGAACCUCAAAGUCCUCUACAUGUCCAACAACCUGGUCAAAGAAUGGGGAGAGUUUGUGAGGCUAGCUGACCUGCCCUGCCUGGUAGACCUGGUGUUUGUGGGAAAUCCUCUGGAGGACAAGCACUCAUCUGAAGGGACCUGGAUGGAUGAAGCCUCCAAAAGACUUCCUAAUCUGAAGAAACUAGAUGGGACCCCAGUCAUCAAACCGGAAGUGGACGAAGGAGAUGGAGAAAGCUGAGAAGCGUAACCAUCUGCAAAACUAGAAUCACCUUUCCAAAGAGUCUUCCCUUUUUAAAGUUUUGUAUGGUUUGUCAUGGUGCUUUCCUUUAUACAAAAUUACUUUUACAACAGCACAGCAAUAAAAGCACACACGUACAUUUUAGAACUAUAAAACAAUUAUUAAAUGGUUAAUACCUGCAGGCCUUGCGACCAUAAAAAAGCUUUUAAUGAGACCUUAUUAAAAGAUUCAAAAGUGUUGUUGUCAUAUGCACAAUAGCUACAGCGCAGUUGUUGGCAAUACAAACCUUAAGUCCUUCUGAAGGCUCCUACAGCAAUGCAACAUUCAAUAUACUUUAGAAAUAAGAAUAAAAAUACAUUAAAUAGUGCAAGUGACUAAUACAAAAGCAGAAUUGGAGAGAGGCUUAAUACACAGAAGCCUUCCACCGCACCAUUUUAAACUGAAAAUGUAAACAGAACUAAUGUGGCCAAAAAAAACUUUUUAAACUUACAAUGUUUUUUUUUUUAUUGUCCUUGAUUUUGUAUGCAUCUCUAUGUACCUCUAGCAAGACCUAAAGCACAAUGUAGCACACACACACACACACACACACACACACACACACACACACACACACACACACACACACACACACACACACACACACACACACACACACACACACACACACACACACA